AUAAACCGCUCUUCCCAUUUCCCUCGCCCUGCGCCGCCUGCGUCCACCUCCGCUCGCCGCUCUCCCCGCGUAUCCCUCUCAUACGCAGCUCGCCCAGGUAAGAUGUCGUCCGUGGCGUCGAAGGUGGCGGUGCCGGAGUCUGUGCUCCGCAAGCGGAAGCGCGAGGAACAGUGGGCCACCGAGAAGAAGGAGAAGGCCCUAGUCGAGAAGAAGAAGUCCAUCGAGAGCCGCAAGCUCAUCUUCACCCGCGCAAAGCAGUACGCCGAGGAAUACGAUGCCCAGGAGAAGGAACUGGUGCAGCUUAAGCGUGAGGCCCGUUUGAAGGGUGGUUUCUAUGUCAGUCCUGAAGCAAAGCUGCUCUUUGUGGUCCGCAUCCGGGGUAUUAACGCCAUGCACCCUAAGACCAGGAAGAUCUUGCAGCUUCUGCGAUUGAGGCAGAUCUUCAAUGGUGUGUUCCUCAAAGUCAACAAGGCGACUAUUAACAUGCUACGCAGGGUUGAGCCAUAUGUUGCAUAUGGGUACCCAAACUUGAAGAGUGUCAGGGAGUUGAUCUACAAGAGGGGCUAUGGAAAGCUGAACAAGCAGAGGAUCCCUCUGUCCAACAACCAAGUCAUCGAGGAGGGCUUGGGCAAGCACAACAUCAUCUGCAUUGAGGAUCUUGUUCACGAGAUCAUGACUGUUGGCCCACACUUCAAGGAGGCCAACAACUUCCUGUGGCCAUUCAAGUUGAAGGCGCCGCUGGGAGGCCUGAAGAAGAAGAGGAACCACUAUGUGGAGGGCGGUGAUGCCGGUAACCGCGAGAACUACAUCAAUGAGCUCAUCAAAAGGAUGAAUUAGGUUCACGAUCAAGCUCAUUGAUAGUACCCUGUGCUCUAAGUGACUUCUUGUGCUAUCCUUAUUUUAUAUUAGAAAGUUGGAUCGUGGAUGAAUAUUCAUGCAGUUUUGAUGUUUCGAACUAGACGUGUAUGGAAGAAAUCUGAUCUUCUUUCCGGAGGUUUGGGAUUAAUUA